ACAUAGGUAAAUGGUAAACUAACUAUGGGCAAUACAAACCAGAGUACUGUAGGAAGAAGAUCUAUAUAUGUGUGCAUUUAAACACUCAUAAAUAUAUAUUUAUGAGUCACAAAAAAAAUAUAUAUAUAUAAUUGUUUUCAAAUCAUUUCAAAUAUUACCACAUGUUUCAUCAAAUGAUACAAUUUUGAAUUGUGAUUGUUUCAAUUUGUAUAAAGUACGAAACAAUCAUGUAUAUGUUCCCUUAUAUAUACCUUUUAUUUGGCUGUUGGAAAAUUCAAACAGAUAUUACCAUUUCUGAAAAUGUUAAGAUUUUUAAGUAUAUAUUGGUAGUGGUAUUUUUGAAAAAUGUUGUCACAAAAAAGCGUAAGCAAACAUUGCUAACUAUGAUUAUUUUAGGAGUUUUGUGACAACAAUAGUAAAUUAGAUUAGAUCAUUUGUUUUUUGUAGCACAUUCGUGUAGAAAAUGGAGAACGAUAAGUUCAUGUAGAAUCAUAAAGCGUUUUUGUGUAAACAUGAUAUUGUAUAGAGCAGCUUGUGUACUCAUUAAGGUAAAUUUAAAGCAGUAUCAUAGUUUCAUGUUGUAUAACUAUAUUUACCUUUAUUUCAGUUCCUGAAACAAUGGCAAAAUUCAGUAGACCUUUAAAAGUAACAAUCAUGUGUAUCCUCUGGUAUGCGCUGUCGUCAACAAACAAUGUUAUUGGAAAAAAAGUAUUGCGUUCUCAUCCAUACCCUCUCACAUUGUCUGUGUUUCACAUGGCUGCUAAUGCUUUCUUUAUGUAUCCUGUUUUAAUGCUGGUUGGUUUACAAACAAGGUUCCAUUUCUCAAGACAUAUGUUGUGGAGAUUCAUUAUACCGUUAGGGUUUGGGAAACUACUGGGAUCAGUUGCAUCUCAUGUCAGUAUAUGGAGAGUGUCUGUUUCAUAUGCUCAUACUAUUAAGGGAAUGUUACCAAUAUUUACUGUGACUCUCUCCAGAAUAUUUUAUCAUGAAAAGCAAUCUACAAUAGUCUAUUUAUCAUUAGUACCAAUUGUUGUGGGUGUUGCCAUAGCAACGAUGACUGAAUUAUCAUUUGAAUUUUACGGCAUGCUAAGUGCUGUGUUAGCCACAUGUACAUUUGCAGUUCAGAACCUCUACUCCAAAACAGCUUUGAAGGAAGCUCGCCUCAACCCUCUUCAGCUGCUGAUGAAGAUGUCACAAGUUGCACUAUUUAUUUGUGUACCUCUUUGGAUACUGAUUGAUACUACAACCAUGGCUCACGAUCCAGGCUUAACUGAGAUUAAUGAAAGAUUUGAUCUAUUGUUUAAACUUUCAUUGAGUGGAGUGAUUAAUUUCAUGCAAAACAUUGUUGCUUUUUCUGUACUCCAUCUGUUAUCACCACUUAGUUAUUCAGUUGCCAAUGCUACAAAACGAAUUUUAGUAAUUACAGUGUCGUUAAUUACGCUGAAAAAUCCAGUCACUUUGGUCAAUUUCUUUGGUAUGAUGUUAGCUGUUGCUGGCGUCUUUUUAUAUAAUAGGGCUAAGAUAUAUCAAAAUUCGAAACGUAAGAUCCUUCCAACAACCAAUCAAGAUAUCACAGAACCACAUGAAGAACAUCAUUACGUAUCUUCUCGUUACAGAAUGUUUAACAGCAAAUUAAAUUCUUUUAUUUAGACUUUUUACCAUUUUAAAGUUUUUAGGAUAUUAUAAAUUCUGCUUGCAUUAAUUAGAAACUACAGGGCACUGAGAUAUUGCGUAAAACUUUUAACAAGCCUGUUUAUAUAGGUUUUAAAUCCCUUUUUUUAAAAGAAACCUGUGUUUUGUAAUUUUGCAGGCAAGCCUUCAGCUUUUAAAAGCUAACAAAAUAUAUAAUAUAAAGAAUAUAGUUUAGUUACUUCUGACAAUAAUUUAUUGUAUGGACUGAUUUCUAAAAUCAUUGAGGUAUUUUCUUUCCAUGAAACAACCCUUUAGAGCAAUUAGUCAAUAGUUUAUAGGUGUAAUUUAAGGUUUUAGAAAUAUGAAAUAAUAGGUAGAUAUUUAUUUUAGCUUGUAAUUAAUUUCAAAGUAACAUUUUGUAAAACAGAACAUAUACUGAUAUUAGAUAUAUACUGACUUUCAAAUCUAAGGAAUUACAGUGCUUUUCAUUAGGCGCUCAUGCCUCCAGCUCUCAGGGUUUAAGCACCGGCACUUCACUUGCUCAAUUACCAUUACAUUAAAGGUGGUAGUGUUUUUGUAUUUUUUGUUACUUGUUAAAAAAAGAUUGUCUGAAAACCCUUGAAGGUUAUAACUUAUCUUUGGCUUUUAAAGUUGACAAAAUACAGGGGUUUGUGGCUAAAAAAAAUUUUAUUGGGUGAAAUAUUACAAGUUACGAGCUGCACCCCGGAACAGUUUACUGCAAAUUCAAAUAAAAACUAAGAAAAUGUGUCAAGAAGAAGUAUAUUAAUAUAAAUUCUAACUAAUAAUAAUAAGUGUUACUUAAACGAAAAUUCUGGUCUUACCUUAAUUUUUAAAAGCAAAAUAAUUUUAUUAGGUACUUGUUGCUUAUCAUCCCUCUCUCGAAGGGUUAAGGUUAAGGUUAGGGUUAGGGUUAGCCCCUUGAGGGAAGGCAUAACCGACAAGUAGUAUAGCACAGUUUAUUUUAAUGACAAAUAUAGGUUAUAUAUUUUCUCAAAUUUGUGUAUUUAUUGUCAGUAGAUGGAUUUUUUUGUUUACAAGCAAAUGUGUGAAACUGUGAAUCGGGAAGUGUUAGGAAAACAACAUAACGGAUGAGCAGAAGGUUACCUGCUUUACUCCUCUGCUUUCCAAGUACUUCCCCUUCUUUUACUUUGUGCAUAGUAUUUGUAACUUGGUAGGCUUCAUAUUUGCGUAAUAAUUGUCAGGAGUUUCUUCAUUAUCAUUCUUAAUAAUAAGUUGUAAGAAUUUUUAAAUCUUGAGGAAACAAAUUACUGAAUUUUAGAUUUAGCCUAAAUCCGAAACAAUAGCUUCUGCAAAAGUUUUGCACAAUGAGUUUUUCUCAAAAAUAUUUUACAAAAUUUUCCAUUUCAAUGUUUCAUUUCUUUGCACUUUGAUUUAUUUGCAGUACCUAAAUUCUUUUUU